AUGGGUCGCGAACUCCAAAAGAAGAAGAACAGAUCCUCCAUCCCCAAGAAGACCAAGCGCAAAAACCCGCGUGUGCACAAAGUCCGCCCACUCGGCAAUGCCCUGAUCGCUCAGAACUGGGACAAGAAACAAACCCUCGCACAGAACUACAAGCGUCUCGGGCUCGUCUCACGCCUCAAUGGCCGCGCCGGCGGCCAAGAAACCUCACUCGCUGCCGCCGCUGCCCAGAAAGCUGCUGGUACAAAAGCCCCGGCCUCUAGCAAGCCCAAGCUCGCACCGGGCGAAGCCUUGAUUGAGCGCGACGAGGACGGCAACAUCAUCAACAUUGUGUAUGGCAAGAGUGCUGAGGAAGCUCUGAACGACGACGACGACGAGGAGGAGGAGUUUACGGGUAUCGAGGACACGCGGACCGAUAUUGUUAAGCAGCUUGAGGCGCAGGCUGCAGUUGUAGUUAGGCGCGAGAGGAACCAGACUGAUAGAGAGAAGGCGUGGGUGGAGGCCCUGGUACAGAAGUAUGGGAAGGACUAUAACAAGAUGGUCUUUGACAGGAAGUUGAACCCGUUUCAACAGAGCGCGGGGGAUAUCAAGCGGAGAGUUGAGAAGUGGGAGAAGUCGCAAAAGAAGGCUGCUGAUGCUGCUGCUGCUUCAGAGGAGAAGGCAUAG